ACUCAUAUCCAGUUUCUCAUCCAUUGUAAUCCCUGGGUCCUUUUCUGCAGAACUGCUGCUUAGCCAGUCGGUCCCCUUGGGCUCCUCCAGUUCUAACUCAUUGCCCCCAGGUCAGGACUGUGCCCUGCAGGUGUCGUAUCCUCCUGGCAGAUAUAAUUCAUGGCUUUCUGCACACCCUGACUGACACCUGACAGUAGCUCCCUGCCACCUGAGUGUUCAGAUGGGAUGUGGAGGCAGAAUUGGGUGUUCUCCUUCCAGGUGUGUGAGUGCUCAGUGAUCUGUAGCCAGAGACCUUUCCUUAGUGGUACCUGUCAAUUUUCUGUGCAUGUCCUCGUGUAUCUAGGCAAAGGAAUAAAAGGUGGAGUCACCCCAGCACCUUCACAGCUCCUUUUCGCCAUCAGUGUCUGGUGGUCGGAGCUCUCCAUCGGCUGUUGUUCAUGGGUUCCCUUCCUUCCUAGGAAACUUUAUUUUUUCUGUAAAUAGUUUUGGUAGCAUAUUGUGUACCCAUGUUUUUCCCAUUGGAGAUUUGAUUAUUUCUUAUUUUAUAAAGUUUUUGUUCUUGUUUUUCUCUGGGACUCUUUUACCUGGUACCAGUGGGGCUUGGUUAUGCCAAAGUUUCCUAGAGUUCAGCACUAUCUCACUUGCAGGGUGUCUAAUGCACUGAAUGACCCUCACACUUGUUUAUUUUGCCUUGGUGAGGGCACAUGAGAGACAAGUGCUCUAUUUGUAGAUCUUUCAAGAAAAGAACACAAAAAUCUAGGGACAUAACCUUUUAAACUUAUCUUAUAGAGCGUGCUGUGCAUCCCUUCUCAGACCUCAGUCAUCUGGAGUCCAGUACUUUGUCCUGGGCCAGGAGUUCUCCUAUGGAUCUUUCUGACUCAAUUGUUCCGCUUCUCCCACCACGUCUUGUAAGAGCUGUAAGUCAGUCUCCAGGCAAGACUUAACUUAUAAAUCAAAGAGCUCUUUUUCUUCUUCAGAACGGGACUCUGGGAACUGAAAAGCCUCAACAGAGUCCUCAUGGGAACUGUCAGGUGCCAAGGUUGGAGCGCAAGCUGCUCACUGGUACCAAGAGUGAAUCAGGACAGGAAAUCCAGCCAUUGACUCCGUGACCAGUGCAUGUGUCCUUGAGAAUGGCUCUGACAAUUUAUUAGAGGCAUGAAUUUCAGUACUACCAUAAGUAUAAUUGGUAAUCACGACACUUGAUGCUCAUGCAAUGUCAUGAGAUUUGCUCUCUCUGGGUGCAGGAGUCCCCUUGGCUGCAACAAGACCCAACUCUGACUACUCAUAGGAUACAGACUUUUUUACAGCCGAAGCUGCCCUAAGCACUGGUUAGAACAUCUGUGGGAACAAUACCAUCAGCCAUGGCAUCCUCAGCACCUUUGAAGCCUCCAGUACCGGUUUCUUAUACACAGAUGGUUUUGAUAGGACUCAAGCCAUCAGUACCGACAUUUACACCUACCACCAAGAGGCACAGCUCCAGAGGCUGUACUCCGGUGAUUCCCCCUAGUAUCACACCACCGGUGGCAACCAACUGCCCAUAUUCAUUAUCAGAUUCAGAAGAAGAACCCUAUACUACUUACUCUAGAGGGAGAUCUAGAUUCUCUCCAUUACAUUCUUCAGUGACCAAAUACAGCAUUAGAUGGAAAUGAUACCACAAUGGUAGAUCUAGACAUAGAUCUCCAUGAUCUUGCAGAUGAACCCUGUGUCAUACAGGUACAUGCAAUAGCUGUACAGGAACUCAUGCGACAUCCCUCCAGCUUCUAGGCUGGCUUCUCCAGACUGUUUUCACGGAAGUUUUGUGUGGGUGGGAGUUGAGGUAAGACUCACAUUAUAACUCAAGCUAGCUGUGCUGUGAAGACACACUCUGUCAAUAAUAUUUGUGAAAGGAAUAACUAGUCUUUUUUUCUCAAGUUACGGUGCCAACAACCCUGACAUUAGAGUUUAGUAUUGUCUCCUCCAGGAAUCCUCCCUUUGAGCCGAUGGCUUUUUGUCUUCUUCAGUACUUACCGUAGGGUGGCCACUCACGUGCUCCAGGAAUACAGGACAUUCCGGUACUUCCCAGAACAUCAUGAGCCUGUUCCUGCUGACAUGACCCCAUGCCCACCAGAGUGACUUCUCAUGCAUGGUGUGUGUGAGCUCACGCCACAUGGGAGGCGUAAUUUUUAAGUGCGCACCACCCUAUAAGGUCACACUGGCAAGGAUAGAGCAACAUGCUCUUCAGUAUGGCAUCCCCCAUCUGAUACUGGACAAAACCAGUUUCGUCUGAGUACCAGAUGGGGACACACCCAAGGAAAGCAGGACUGUCUGGUUUAAUACCGGAUGAGUGGCCUGUCUAAUUUAUCAGCUACGGGCGCCUUUCCAGUGGCAGUUACUUCCACUAGAAGGGUUUGGAAACCACAAGCAUGAAUUUCAUACCCCUCCCCCCACCCCUCUUUCCACUAUUUUUAUGAGGAUAAAGUUGCUUUAAAGCCUCAUCCAACGUUCUUUAUCAAGGCUGGUUACCGAUUUCCAUCUCAACCAAACCAGCUUUUUACCUCCCUUUUCUCCCAGACCACAUUUACGUAAGCUUGAGGAGAAACAGCAUUUUCUGGUCAUCUGCUGGGCCCUUGCCUUUUAUCUGGACAGGACAAAACAGUUUCAGUCUUUGCCACAAUUAAUUAUUUCCUGUGUGGAGAGAAUGAAAGGGCAGGAGAUUCCCUUAUGGUGAAUUUCUUGGUGGGUCACCUCUCAUCUCACUACAAGUUAUGAUGUUGCAAAGUUAAAACCACUUCCAAGCUGACUGCACAAUCGGUGAAAGCCUCGGCAGCUUUCCUAAGGGAUAUUUCAAUCCCAGAUAUCAUCAGGGCAGCAACCUGGUCUUCAAUUCACACUGUUCCCAAGCACUGUGACACUUCAGCCACUUCCAGAGACUGUGGUAGCUUUGGAAAGGCUGGUCUGCAGUGGCUUUGCAGAUAGACUCCGAACGCUCCUCCAUAGAACACUGCUUGGGAGUUACCUGAAGUGGAAUAGGAACAUGCAAUCACUCAAAGAAAAGAAAAAUUACAUACCGGUAUGUAACUGUUGUUUUCCAGAUUGUGUUGCACAUGUCUAUUCCAGCACCCGUCCUCCUCCCUUCAGAAUCCAUUAUAUUAGGAUGCUGGUGCAAAUGAACUGAGAUGGUGCAGGGGGGAGAUCUGCCCUUCAUGCCCUCACCUGGAUGCAUGAGGACAUGCAUGGCGCAUGUGCCAUCCUGAUGGACACCGCUAGAGAAAACUAUCCCAUUAGAGUGCACUCAGAGUGCACACCCCUAAAGCAGAAUAGAGGUGAAGGGGAAUAGAUGUGCACAACAUCUUGAAGAAGAACAAAUACAGUACAGGCAGGGAGCUAUUUUUUCCCUUCUCUCUUUCUUCCGGGGAAGGGUUUGUGGGGGAUUCAACUCCUGAUUUGUCAGUCCUCCCAGCAUUUAUUUUGGUCUGUUUCCCCACUUUCCCGUUCCCCUUUUCUGACCUUCUCUUUCCCCCCAGCACAGAGAAUGACUCCUGUCUGGAUUCUCUCUCUGUCCCAGCAGGUGAUGAGACGGUGAGUGAGGGCAAUGAAGAGAGUCCUUGUCCGGCACGUCCUGAGCGAAUGGAAUCAAAGGGGUCGUUGCUGGAAAGGUGUGAAGGGGAUGAUUCCCAGAGUCCUGGGCAGGGACAAGCCCAAGAAAAUCAGUGCAGCCCAGAGAAGCAGCAGGGAAACCCCCCAGGGAAGACACUGGAUGAAUCCACUCUCCGAGGUUUGGAGGAUUGUAAUGAGGCAACGAUCCAGCCGAGAACAUGCACUAAGGAGAAGCGUUUCGAAUGUGCUGAGUGCAGGAAACACUUCAGUUCUGGAUCACACCUUAUUAGACAUCAGAGAUCUCACACGGGAGAGACCCCCUAUAACUGCUCUGAGUGUGGGAAACAAUUCAAUGACCAAUCAAACCUUAUUAGACAUCAGCGAACCCACACAGGAGAGAGACCCCAUAAGUGCCGUGACUGCGGGAAAAACUUCAGUCAGAGGUCAGGCCUUAUUGUACAUCAGAGAAUCCACACAGGAGAGAAAUGCCAUAAAUGCCCUGACUGUGGACAAACCUUCACCCAGAGUGCACAUGUAACUAGACAUCAGAGGAUUCACACGGGCAAGAGACCCUAUGGAUGCCCAGAGUGUGGAGAAAGCUUCGCUUGUACCUCAGAUCUUAUUAUACACCUGAGAGUCCACACGGGAGAGAAACCUUAUUGCUGCCCCGACUGUGGACAAAGCUUCGCUCAGAGUCAUCACCUUACUGACCAUCGGAGAAUCCACACAGGAGAGAGACCCUAUACCUGCCCCGACUGUGGGAAUAGCUUCAGACAAAAAUCUGGUUUCAAUGUCCAUCGGAGAAGGCACACAGGAGAGUGCCCCUACAAAUGUUCCGUCUGUGGGGAAAGGUACAAGACCAAGAGUUCUCUAUUAUUCCACAUGAAACUUCACAUAGACUAGUGCCAGCCACUUCCCAUCCUCUCUGCAUCUGGAGGAACGAUGGGGAUAAUAAACAGUUGCCCAAUUCCUUAGAGAAUCAAGUGGCACCACUAUUUACUUGUGUGCUGUGCGUCUCAGGAGGAAGGAGGCACCAGGAGAGUGACAUUAAUUAUUAUUAUUAUUACUGUAUUGAAUUAUUCUCUCACACUCUCCCAUCCGUUCCUGGCUCUCUCUGUCAUGGGAAGGCUUUUAGCCAGCCGAAGGAUUUAGCUGAAUUUCCUGGUCCCUGUUUUCAGACGGGGGCUCGUUUUACAUUGUCGCACACUGGGACUUUUCCGGAAAUUGCUGCCCAUGAGGCAUGUUCUCCCUAUUUCUGCAUGCUGGGGGAGCGGAGGGGUCUGAAGUUUCUGGAAAGUCUGAUGUCAGUGAAGUUUUUAUUGCUGAUUAAUUAUUUUCUCAGUAUUGUUCAAUUAUAUGUUUUUUUUUCCCCCAAAUAAGAUGCAAAUAAAACUUUUCUGGCAAAUCCCA